UACGUGAAGGAUGAGUUUUCCCCCCUCGCGAACGAAGCAUUCAGAAGCCCAGCUGAUAUCCUGCUCCGGAUGACGUCGAUGGAGGCACCGGAGUACCUGCAGGGCGGGCGCGGAACACCGCAUUGCGCGCCGGAGAAGGGUGCCGGCGGGGACCACUUCGUCGUGGAGGACCUGCUCGACUUCUCCAACGGGGGUGAGGAGGGCGACGACUGGGGGUUCGAUGCCGCGGCCGCCAACUCCGCCGACGACUCUUCCACCGUCACCGCCGUCGAGUGCUGCAGCAACUCCUCUUCCUCCCGCCGCGAGCCGCAUUUCGGCUGUGAGCCAGCGUUCCGGAGCUUCGACGACGCUUGCCUUUCCGGCGAUUUAUGCGGCCCGCACGAGGAGCUGGCGGAGCUCGAAUGGCUCUCCAACUUCGUGGAAGAGUCCUUCUCCGGCGAAGACGUUCACAGACCUCAGCUCGUCUCCGGCACCAAUCCUACCACCUCCUUGUCCUCCUACCCCGCCGCAGCUCCUGCCCAGCCUCCGCGCUUGCGCCCGGAGGCCCCUGUCCUCGCCAAGGCCAGGAGCAAGCGCUCCCGACCCGCUCCCUGCAGCUGGUCCUCCAGAGCGCUCGUGUUCUCGCCUUCGACGGCCACCGCCUCGUCGCCCGAGUUGGAGCUCAUCAAGCCCCCGAGCGCCGUCCCGGGAAACAAGGCAAAGAAGCAGGCCUCGGCCGCCGUGGUUGGGUCGCCCCGGGAGGGGCAGAGGUGCCUCCACUGCCAGGCGGAGAAGACGCCGCAGUGGCGGGCGGGACCGAUGGGGCCCAAGACGCUGUGCAACGCCUGCGGCGUCCGCUAUAAAUCGGGCCGCUUGGUGCCGGAGUACCGCCCAGCGGCCAGCCCCACUUUCGUGCCCUCCAAGCACUCCAACUCCCACCGGAAGGUGCUCGAACUACAACACCACAAGGAGCAGGAGCAGCCGCAGCCGCAGCAGCAGCUACUCCUGCACGACGGAGGUGCCGCCGCAGCCGGUGGCGACGGCUACUUGUACCGCCACGUGGGCCCCGACUUCCGACCGCUCACGUGACGAUGUCAGAGAAAUGAAUUAUUAGGGUUAAUUUGAUCAAGAUAAGCUUUUGUAUAGUUUCUUUGG